GUGAGUUUUAGCUUGCAUGAACAUACACUGAUUUUUUGUUUAUUUUUCUUGUGUUUUAGCACUUACAAAAAGCAGUUGUUUAAGUUCCUGAAUACUGUGGCUUGUGGGGCUGGAGAUUGAAGCAAUAAAUCAUGAAGUUGGAGGAUCCCCAAAGCUUUGCAGAUGUCGCUGUUGAGUUUUCAGGAGAGGAGUGGAAGAUGUUAAAUAAACAGCAGAAAGAGCUACACAGGAACGUGAUGGUAGAGAACUAUGAGAACAUGAUUUCUGUAGGGUGUCACAUCCCAGUGGAGAAUCUUUGGGUAUACAUUAAGAAUGAUGAAACAAUUCUAUCUUCUGCCAAUGAAGGAGACAUAGCAGUGCAUGAAAUGCAGCUUCCUGAUACCAGUAUCAGCAUCAGCAGGAGUACAGAUCGUAAUGAGGUCUGGAGUCUGCAGUCAUCACAGGACAAAUUGCUUAAUUCUGAGCGUGAUAAAGCUUUGCCGGAGAACUUAGUGAUUACAAGACGCAGCCUGGUGCCAAGUGAAAGCAAACAUUAUAAGUGUAUGGAAAGCAAAGAUGAAUUUGGCAAGAAAACUGAACUGGAGAUGCAUCUGGAACCUCAAGAAGGAAAAGAGCCAUGCAGGCUUAAUCACAGCGAUAAUUUAAUACUUCACUUUAGCGGCCUGACUGAUCAGUUAAAUCACAUUGGCAACGGAAGAAUGAAUAUGUCAGCAAUACAUAAGCAAGUAUACAAUAGAAAGAAACAAUAUAAAUAUGCCAUACAUGACACAGGUUUCACAGAUAAAGUGAAAUUAGCGAAAAUAAUACUCCUCAUACUAGAGAGAAACAAUUUAAAUGUAACAGCCAUGGAAAACGUUUUACGCAAAUGUCCAGAGUAGAAAAACUUCAAUAUAUCCACACUGGUCUGAGACCUUAUAAGUGUGCUACAUGUGGAAUGGAGUUUAAAUGGAAGAGUGGCAUGUUAAGCCAUCAGUAUAUACACACACUGGGCUGAAACCUUAUGUGUGUGCUACAUGUGGAAAGGGAUUUUCACGGAAGAAUAACAUGGAAAGACAUCAGUAUGGACACACUGGUUUGGAACCUUAUAAGUGUGCUACAUGUGGAAAGGGGUUUACAGAGAAGGGUGCCAUGGUAAGCCAUCAGUAUACACACACUGGGCAGAAGCCUUAUAAGUGUGCUACAUGUGGAAAGGGGUUUUCAAACAAGGGUGUCAUGGUAAGACAUCAGUAUACACACACUGAUCUGAAACCUUAUAACUGUGCUGUAUGUGGAAAGGGGUUUAUACAGAAGGGUGACAUGGUAAGCCAUCAGUAUACACACACUGGUCUGAAACCUUAUGAAUGUGCUACAUGUGGAAAGGGGUUUAUACGGAAGGUUGACAUGGUAAGACAUCAGUAUAAACACACUGGUCUGGAACCUUAUAAGUGUGCUACAUGUGGAAAGGGGUUUACAGAGAAGGGUGCCAUGGUAAGUCAUCAGUAUACACACACUGGUCUUAAACCUUAUAAGUGUGCUACAUGUGGAAAGGGGUUUACGUGGAAGGGUGCCAUGAGAAAACAUCAGCGUAUACACACUGCUGAACCUUAUAAGUGUGCUACAUGUGGAAAGGGGUUUACAUGGAAGGGUGUCAUGCUAAGACAUCAGUAUACACACAUUGAUCUGAAAUCAUCUGAAAACUUAUAACUGUGCUGUAUGUGGAAAGGGGUUUAUGGUGAAGGGUGACAUGGUAAGCCAUCAAUAUACACACACUGGACAAAAGCGGCCCCUUGUUGUAGAAGGAAGUAAUGGUCCACAAAAAUGACAAAAAUUGAUGGGCCAAAGAAGAG